AUGCCGCAAGUAGACCGGUUUCCAUUGUUUUACUUUAGAUCUGUGUCGUCCGUUUCCAUUCUUUCAGAUGUUCUCGCGCUUUUUCUCGCAAUGUCAUCCAUUCUCGCCUCGCUCGACAUGAGUUUGGACGACUUGAUUGCUCGCAAGAAGACCAAGAUUACCAACCCGGCGUCACGCCCUGCUAAGGCUCACCAGGCGAAGGACGUUGCUGGUCCUAUCCGAAGUGGAAAUCGUCGUAACCGCGGUCGAAGUAAGCCCUAUUCGCGAUCUCGUGGUGAAAACGACGACGAUAUGGACAUUGAUCGGAAUGAUGUUCCCGAGGGCGGAAACAGUUUGCGUGGCAAAAAGCGCUCGGUGAUCGUCAAGAAGCCAGGAAAAGCAGCCGGUAAAGGCGGAUCAUCAAUCUUGUCACGCCUGGGCGGUAGGGAUGCGGCCAAUCCAGGGACAAAAAUUCUUGUAAAAAACCUCAAGUUCGACAUUUUAGAAGAAGAAGUGCGUGAGCUUUUUGGCACGGUAGGCGACGUCUCAAAAGCUGAGAUUGUUUACGACCGAUCCGGCCGAUCGAAGGGGAUUGCUCGUGUUUGGUUUACACGUCGAUCCGACGCAGACAAGGCGAUCAAGCAAUAUGAUGGACGUACGUUGGACGGUCAGCCGAUGCAGAUUUUGUUGGACUCUGACAAAAACGUUCGUGACGGCCUUUUUGGUACUGCUCUUCAACGUGGCGAUAAAGACGUCAAGUUUAAGGUUUCCUUUGGGGGAGACAACGAGCAGGCAAAAGGCCGCCGUAGACGUCGUGGACGUGGCAAUGAUAAAGGGAGCCACGGUGUUCGUGGUAGAGAAUCUUCGUUGCCUAAGUCUGCCGAGGAUCUUGACAAUGAGAUGGACACGUACAUGAAAGACGCAUAA